GUGCGGCUGACGGGCUUCGAGACGUUCAAGUUGUGCCUGAGAAAGUGAUGAUCCCUGCGCGCGUUGGGCAGUUCCCUGACUCAGGUCUGUCAAACGGAGGCUGGAAAAAUGGCAGCACCACCUCUCGCGGUUGACACAGCCCCUCACAGCCGUUCGUCGGACGACGUUGCUGAUGGCCUCUUGAAGGACAGUGAUUUCCGGAAGGACGGCCGUGAGCAUGGCUCUGAGUAUGGCUAUUCUCCACGUCUAUGGCAGCCUUUCUUCCUGCGCCGGUCGACUUUCCUGGUCUUCAUUGCUACUUUCGUGGCUUUGCUCGCCACAAUCGUUGCCUUGUACUGCUAUGCGGCUCGUGGCGAUGGUAGACAAGGCAUUGAAACACAGGGCUGGAAACACUACUACCUAUGGACGUAUGGACCGACUGCAGUGUUUAUGGUCCUGGGCGCCUUUUGGGGCCAGGUCGAAUACCGCGGGUGCCAGUUAAUGCCAUGGUUGCUGAUGUCGCGCGCUCCAGUUGCCGCAUCUGAUGGGCUUCUGCUUGAUUACCUCUCUCCCUGGAACAUUGAGUCCCUCUACAGGUCGGUCCGGAGGCGUCACUACCUGGUUUCUUUAGUCAUUGCUGGUACACUGCUGGUCAAUGGAAUGGCAAUUGUGUCAACAAGCUUUUUCGAGCUCCGCGACGUCCCCAUCAAACGUUCCGCUUCUCUCCGCCUUACCCAUGAUAUCAAUUUCCGCCUUGACAAUUUCAGGCCUCCCGAUGUUACAACCAUCCCGCACAUGAGGGCCAUGGGAAUAGCGCUAAACGGCUCCGAUCUGCCCAUUGGAAUCCUUGCCAAUCAUGUAUUUCCCCCCUUUCAGGAAGACGGCCCUUUUCGCCCCGACAACUUUACUUUGGGUGACAAUCGCGAAAUCGAGGCCGAGGUGGACGUGCUCACCGUGAAGGUCCAGUGUGAAAAUGCGACCAUGGAGGCCACCAAGAAUCAAUCCGAGUAUACUCUCUCCAUGAAGUCUGGCUCUUGUUCAACCGGCCCGUUACCUCAGCAGGUUACCCAAUAUACGGUUUUUCGGGGUGUUAACGCAACCUUUGUAGGUUUUCCCUCCCUGUGUGACGGAAAACGAUUGCAUUUUCCCCAAGACGAGGAUCAGUAUACGGACGCAUACUGGCGCAUAUGGGUCUAUAUUCCGCGUCAUGACCCCAAUGGUUUGUAUCUGAACGCGACCAUAGGUUCCGGGAAAAAGGCGGAACGCGGGGCUGGGAAAUUCGCAUUCACCUGUGCUUUCUGUACGCCCUACCUUGACGUAGCCCGCGUUCCAGUGAAGCUGUCACGAAGUUCCGACGGCAUUUCCAUCAUAACCGACAUUGACAUGAAGAAACAGCGUCCGCUGUCUCAUAGUUCCCCCCCGGCAUUGGACGUCAACGCCGGCGCCCUUUUGUAUGGUGCAUGGAUCUCUAUGUUAAAAGCUGACGGCAAUGGAUGGAGCCUAUUGGGGCGUCGGUCAGGAGAUAGAGAGGCUUUUUAUGAUCCAGCGCUCCUGUCCCAAGAGCUGGGACGUGGUCUUGAGUCUAGUGCGAUCCAAGUGGCCAGAGAUCAAUUACUCCAGCCUGUAGACCGCCACAUCAAAGGAACGACGGAACGGACGGAAAGUCGCCUCUUUGUCCGUCAGUUGUCAUUUGGUCUGAUGAUCGGCUUUCUUUCAGUGCUUAUCAUCAUCUCCGUAGUUAUUGACUGCUUCUACCUCCCACUCUCUGUCUGCUGCCGCGAUCCGAGCUCUAUUGGCGGCCUUGCGACAAUCUUGGCACGAAGUCCCAAGUUGAUGGCCACUCUUCGAAAUAUGAAUCUGAAAUGGCCCUCGGAGAUGAAGGAACUGUUGGCCGGGUGUGAGCAUCGUACCUGCAUAAACGUGGGUAGGGAAUUCCAGAUUGAAGUACAUGACCAGCGGACCUCCCACGCGCAGGUUUCCAAGAGCGGCACAGAUAGCACACCCCGCUGGUGGCGUCCUGUGUCCGCAAGACCACCGGUCUACAUCCUUACUUUUGUCCUCCCCCUUGUUGUAAUUGCUACUAUCGAAGUAUUGCUCCAUAUAUCUAACACAAGACGAGGAAUCGCGCCGGUGGGAGGAAGAGAGAAUGGUAGGGAUCAGCCCUGGGCAUACGUCCCCGCCAUUGUUAUGUUUUGCAUCCGUGUUCUUUACCAAAUGAUGGAGGCAAACGUCAGGACAUUUCAACCUUUCCAUUGCCUUGCACGCGGAAGGGCACGCGCAAAUGCAAGCGUUUUGGAAAAUCAACAUCGCAAAAUAACUGCAUGGGCGAUCCUUGAUUCCCUUGGCAAGCGACAAUGGGCGUUGGCAGCCAGUGCCGUUGCACUCCUCCUAGCGGGCGCGCUACCUAUCACCGUGUCCGGUCUUUAUGCGGUGAACAAUUUGCCUUAUCCCACUGACAUAUCCCUGGUUCAACGCAGCACCUGGAACGUUAGCUCCUACAAACAACACCUUGACCACUCCAAGUACUUAGACCUUCGUUCCAAGGACUUUACACCUGGGAGGAUUCUCUAUCUGAACAUGUCAUAUCCACAAUGGACAUAUGCAGACCUGGCAUUCCCGAAAUUGUCUCUUCCGAGGACCGAUGACAAUGGCACUUCCAACUUGACUCCCGGGUACAUACAAGCUCGACUCCCGGCCUGGCGCCCCAACCUCAAUUGCGAUGGCGAGAUUCCAGCAUCUGAUUACAAACUCUCGUGGUCUCACGAUGACGACGACGGCCUGCUCCGUUGGGAUGUGGAGAUUAAUAGUACCAGAGGGGCAUGCUCGUUCUCACUCCAUGAGAAGGGGGUUGGAGCCCCCAAAUACUUCUCUGACUGGUUCAAUCUGACCCAGAAUGUGGCCUAUGAAGGGAAUCCAGCAGACUGCCCGACAUUAUUAUAUCUGUUUGGCAACCAAGUUGAAACCCGCAUGUUGAAAUGCCGUCCACAAAUCCAGGAAGUCGACGUUGACGUCCGGUUGGAGCCACGAUCCUUGAUGAUCAAUCCUAACCACCCCCCUUCCAUUGUCCCCGGAUCCGCUAGACCGCCUUUGGAUGAUUUCAUGGCUUAUUCAAAUGGUACUAUGGUGCCAAUCCCAUUCCUCCCAGGGCCAGGCUUUUUUGACCCCGACUUCAUCGCUGUCCAAGCACCAAGAAAGGAAUACCGUAUCGAUUUCUUCACAACAGCUGCUAUAUGGGGCGCGGGCGGGAUUCCCGCAGACGAACUAUUAUCCGACACAGGCAAACUUUCUGCCACACUCACGCGCAUUUAUGGCAUUGUCAUCGCCCAGCGUAUUAAUGAUAACUGGCACAUACCGUUCGGGUCAGACACCACUACUACAGCACCAGAUGGCGAAAAUAGCUCCCCCACAAACUUCCCGGCCAAACUAAUCGGCCACGGCGACUACCUCGUCCAAAGCCGUCUCUCCACCCGUCUCCUCGACGCGUUCCUUCUGUGCAUGGUGAUCCUAGCCGUCACUUCCACAUUGCUCAUGAACACGAAGAACAUCCUGCCCAAGAACCCAUGCAGCAUUGCAGCCGUCGCGAGCUUGCUGGCUGGAUCUCGGAUAGUGGAGGACCCGCAGAUCAUUCCGCAGGGCGCAGAGUGGUGGGAUGAUAAGGAGUUGGUAAAGAGGGGGGUUUUCGUGGGCUGGAGGUUUUCGAUCAGAUGGUGGGUUAGGAGGAGGCAGGGGCCUGUGGCUGAUGAUGGAGGCGAUGGUAACGGUGUGGAAAGGGAGAGAGAAAGAUACAACGGGGAGGGUGAUGGUCUUUUGGAGGAAGAGAAGGUGUUUGGGAUAGAUGUGCACGAUAGGGAGAGUGCCUAACUGACUGAACUUUUCCGCUGCUUUGGCUAGGAAAUGGGCCAACUUUUA